AGUUGAAUUUUCGCUGCUAUUGCUGUUAUUUGCCUUUCUGACCGUCCUCUCAAAUCUGAUCAAUUUGUGGAGAAAAUUUGGACCUCCGUAGCUUCUAACGUUACUGCGGGGAAAUAUCGUCGUCGAUCCCUUGCUGCACCCAUUCUUCAACUCCAGUCCUCGAUUGUCACAGGAUCCCGGAUUUCCAAUCUAUCAGUCCACAAUAAUAUAAACUAUGGAUAAAACGGAUCUUAUUCAGAGGGCCAAGCUCGCGGAGCAGGCCGAGCGUUACGACGACAUGGCGGAGAGCAUGAAGGAGGUCACGGAGAAGGGAGACGAGCUGUCAAACGAGGAGAGGAACCUGCUGUCCGUCGCCUACAAAAACGUGGUCGGGGCGAGGCGCUCCGCAUGGAGGGUGUUGUCCAGCAUCGGAGUGAAGGCCGAGGGGUGCGAGAAGAAGCAGCUGAUGGUCAAGGAGUAUCGGGAGAAGGUGGAAAAGGAGCUCCAAGACAUCUGUGACAACGUCCUGAAACUGCUGAGUAAUCAUUUGAUUGUAAACUCCCAAACUGCUGAGAGCAAAGUCUUCUACCUAAAGAUGAAGGGGGACUACUAUAGAUAUCUUGCUGAAGUAGCCACUGGAGAAAAGAAAGAUGCGACCAUUGAAAACUCACAGCACGCAUACCAGGAGGCGUUUGACAUCAGCAAGACUGAGAUGGACUCCACACAUCCCAUCCGCUUGGGCCUGGCGCUUAACUUCUCUGUCUUCUACUAUGAGAUCCUUAACUCCCCACAAAAAGCCUGUGAACUGGCGAAAGGGGCAUUCGAUGAUGCCAUUGCAGAGCUGGACCAGCUAAAUGAGGAGUCCUACAAGGACAGCACUCUAAUCAUGCAGCUCCUCAGAGACAACCUGACAUUAUGGACAUCCGACACCACUGCUGAGGAGGGCGAGGGUGGAGAACAAGGCGAGAAUGAGAACUAAAAAAAAUGUAAUAAAAAAACCACAAGUCCUCGAUGUUGGGGUCCUCUCCAAAAACAAGAAAAGGAAGAAAAAAAAACUUUUUACACAUCCUUCAUUCCUUAUUGCUCCACUCAAACAUUCUACCAAUGAAACCCAUUGCUGAAAAUAGUCAUGUAAGAAAAUAAUGAUUAAAAGAAAAAAUUAUAUUAUUUUCACAAUGUUGAUUUGGACAACUGUAGAAGAGCGAAACCUCUAUUUGUUUGGUUUAGGAUGGUCCCGGCCUUCCCAUUUGUGCAGUUUCAGCUGUAGAAAAGUGAUUAAUAGCAUGACAUGGUAUCAGACCCCUAGCGCAAUUUGGAGUCAAGAAAAGUCCCACCUUUGGCCAACUGGAAGCUCAAAUCCCACUUCUUGAGACCGUUUUGAUAUUUUUCCAAUGAGAAAUAUCAAAUCUAAAAAGUAGUAACCCUCUACCCCCCCAUAUCUUUUUUUUUUUUUGAGUGAGUCUGUCUCGACGCCGUUACGUGGUACGGUUACAACAGCUGAAAUCCAACUUCAAAAAGAUGACAUUUUCAUACUGCAGGGAAAGCUAGUGCACUUUACAUGCUGACAACAUACUAUAAGCAGCCAAGUAGUGCCAAUUGGUUAAACCCUCACUUUCUACCCUGGUUAUGAUGACACUCUUUCACUGAAGCAUGCCUGUUGUUUGGGGGGUGGGGGUGGUGGGGCUUGUCUGGUCAAAUGCAGGGACCUUUUCAAUGGAAAGAAGACAAUUCUGUCAUGCAUGUCUCUUGAGAUAUUACACUGGAUUGGGAACAAAUGCUGUAACACACACAAGUCCAAGUGUCAAGUUUAGUGAUUUUAAAUGCAGGUUUGUACACAUUCUACAAGUGGGUGAUUUGUUAGUCUGUCCAGUGAUUGUCAUUAGAGAUUUGGACCACUAUUGUUUUGCUAUUCAUUCAAUUGUUGUCCCCAAAAGCCUUGUGGAACUGUUUGAAUCCCUAUGUAUCUGCUAUGUUAACAUGAAUAAAACAUUUUAUAAACCAAG